AUGCUAAGCCGUCACGCCGCCUCCACACCCGACUCCCAAAUGUCUGUCCCACGCCCAGCUACGCAUCACUCUUCUGGAAUGGGCGGGACUCAAACUCUACCGUACCGUGCACAUGGUCCUUCGAGCAUUGGUCCAGAAGACCAACCCGCCUCCCCGAUCGCUACCCCCGGUGCUACCAUAGACACCAAGCCGCCUGUCCUUCCAGAGCCGUGUCGCGUUAGCUCGCCUGGUCCAGAUCGAAGCUUUCCCCGGCUACGAUCAGGUCACCAUCAAAGACAGCAAUCCGUCCCAAACUUCCCCUCCUCCUCAUACGGCACCUACUCCAUCCCCCAGGUCACCGUAUCGCCAUCCAUUGAGAGAGGGAGCGGCCGUCCCCUAUCGGUCACCAUGCCACUCACCGGAGAUAACAGGAGCGGUGGAAGAUCAUCAGAUGCCGGACGAGGCGGUAUUUUGAGCGGCUGGUUGGGUUCUGGGUCUUCCAAUACGGCGGAAGACAACAGCUCAAAGACUCGAGUAGCCAGGAUAAACGAGAACACACUAGAGGGGGUGCCUACGAACAAGUUACGCAGGAGGCAGACAGGCUCUACCGAGACGACACCAAAAGUCACGUCGCCAAGUACAUCACGAUUCGCCUUCUUCAGCUCGCCGUUCUCCAAGAACACCCCAACCCAAGUCGAUCCCAAGCAGGACGAAGAGCUACUAUCACUCAACGUCCAAGACGCUCUGUUCCCCCCGUCAUCUCCAACCCACCGAGAUGCCUUCUCGCCCGCCGCGUUCAAGAACCUUGAAGUCACUGCCGUUGGCCUGUUGACGAAAUUCCAAAGCGCCUACCAAAGACAGAACGCCGCCCUUCGGGAGUUACGCAUCGAAAAAGACGCCCAGAACGACGAGCACGACGAGGCGGAUACACGGAUUCAGCAUCUCAAAGUCCAGCUGGAAAACAUGGCCUCCAAGGUCGCCGAGCAGGAGCAGUCGAUGCAGCAGCUCAUGGCGGAGCUGAAAGCCGAGAAGAAGGCAAGGCACGAAGAGCGAAUGAUGCGCGAACGGGACCGUCCCAUCUCCGAAGGGUCCUCAAUAUCGGAGGAUCUCGGCGUCGACGAUGACCAGGCCAGGCGGAAGUGGAGGAAGAGCGCGGGUUUCGACACGGACGAGGAGAGCGUCGAGGAUGUGAGUGUCUUCUCGCGAUCGCGGAGCCCAACCACCGCCGCCCCUAGCGUGUUUGAGGGAAGCAUCGCGGAGAUGUCACCGGCGCCGCAACCGCACAAGGCCAACACACUUGGACCGCCAAGGGCGACGCGGUCAUCCAUUCAAAAGACCACGCCGCUGCAGACGAGCGUCUUCCAAAAGCUCAUGCGAGGGGUUACCGGCGACGCUGCGAAGGAGGAAGAUGGCCCUUCGUCAUGUGCGAAUUGUUGUGGACGAGACGAGCGAGCGGCAUGGGAUACCGUCAGUCUGCUGAGGGACGAGAACCGUGGUUUGAAGCAUCGCGUGGCGGAACUGGAGACGUGCGUGGACAGUGCAUUGGAUGCGGUCAACGGCAUCAGGCUCGACUGA